GCAAUGUCGCCGUGAUCCGACCACCAACGGGCUUCAAUGGCGGCGACCUGUGCUCGUCGUACAAUUCUUCACCGCGACCAAAAACAGCACCAGCUCGUUACCACCCCACGACCCGCAAUUGCGCAGCCUCCGCUUCUGCGAAUCGAGGCGUGCCCCAUUGAAAUCCAGCGCAACAACGGGUGACACCACGCCAAUCAAUCGCCACAAUGACCGACUUCCAUGAGACAAGAUCGCCCCUGACAAACGAAAAUGUCCAAGCAUGGGCGCGUGCGAAUUUUGCCGCGUCCUUUCGCGCCUUGCCGCGCGCCGCAAGACUGCAUUGGAUCCAGUUCGACGAGAGCUUCACCAUCAGUAGAGCCAUCUGGCGAGGGCUCGGUCGCUCCACCCACAAGCAAUUGCUUGUCAUCGGCGGAUAUGCGCCAGGCCCCGCGGGCGACGACGAUGAACCCAUAGAUCGGGUCACCGCGCACGUCCACGAAGAUGAGGCCGAGGUCAGCUUUUAUCGCAUUACCGAAUUGGAGGACGGCGCACACGAGUUGCAAGCUGUGAAUAGUACCAGUACUGUUGCUUUUCAUGCACCUUUUUGUGAUGUUGGAGACGAUACCGGAGGCUCCAAAGCCAUCCAUCGUGUUUCGGCCCUCAUUCUCUACUAUUUCUUGGCUGCUGGCCACGUGAAGGAGUUAUGUCGGACAAGAUCAGAUCCUACCAUGUUUACCAGGAAUUUUCGAGACGCAUGUUUGUGGGUGCAGAACGAGGGGGAAAGACCAUUGCUGCCGCCGUCGAGGAAAUCAGAGCCCAGUACGCCCAUUGAAAAGGAUUCGAUGGCUGUCCGGCCAAAGCGAUCAUCUACCGUCUCAUCGUUAUCGAGAUCCAUAACCGAAGAAAUCCAGCCGCCAUCCAUCAAACGCGCAGCAACAGACAACUUGAGUGUCAAGAUCAAACGCGAACGCGAUGAAGACUACCCCAGCAUUGCAUCGGCUAUUCGUCCGAAGAAACAUCGCCGCACCGUCAGCGAGCAAAUUGUCCCACCCUCGAAUCUCAAAGACUCAACAUCAGUCCCAUCACCGUUAUCCAUUCUCAGUCCACGCAGUCCAGCACCAGAGCGCGUCAAUCGCGCAUUAACAGAUCGAAUUCAACAUCUCAAAGAUGAAAAUGCCGGUCUCAAGGCCUCAAAUACCAGCCUAGAAACAGAAAAGACCGACCUCCAAAAGCGUAUGGAAAAGGAAUCCCACGCAUACCGAGGACUGCAAAUCGAAUCCGACUCCCUGAAGAAAGAAUCCGAGAACAUGAGAAAAGAAAUGAUGGCCAUGAAAGAGCGGUUAGAAUCCGUCGAAACAUCAGGCGAAAAGCUGCGGAUAGAAGUCGAUCGAUUAACAGCGGUGGAAGAAGCAAGCAAGGAACUACGGAAAGAAUUAAGAAACGAAGUCGAAAAGCUCAGAGGUAGAGUCGAGAGAAGCGAGAAAGAGGCCGAAAAUGCAAAAGAAGAGCUUUUGGCUGUUAGAAGAGGGCUGACGAAAGAGCUGGGAGAGGCGGUCAAGAAGUGGGGUGCUUAAGCGACAGACGUGUUGGGGAAUGCGCUGGCUGCUGUUUCUUUUUUGUUCUGGUCAGGAGAUGAUUUUGGUCGGCGGCUUGUGGAAGGAAGUUGUACAUGAUGUGCAAGGAUGGUUUUAGGGCAUUUUUUUGGUUUGAUGAAGAAGCGGCAUCCUCGGCGUAUUAUUCGGCGUCUUCAUUUCUCCGUCGAUAACAUUGAGAGCAACUCGCAAUUUCA